CCAAAAAAACCCUAAUAAACCAUUUGUAGUUCUCCACGCACAAUAUCACUCUCUGUGCACGAACUUCACGCAGGCGGCCGUCGAUCCAACUUGCAUUAACAAAAAGAGAGAGAGAGAGAAACAGAGAUCGAAGAUGAGCAAAGGCGCGGCGGCUGGGGGAGCCAAAGGCGGGAAAAAGAAGGGAGUGACCUUCGUAAUCGAUUGCUCGAAGCCGGUGGAGGACAAGAUCAUGGAGAUCGCCUCGCUCGAGAAGUUCUUGCAGGAGAGGAUCAAGAUCGCCGGCAAGCCCGGCGCCCUCGGCGAUUCCGUCACCGUCACCCGAGAAAAGAACAAGAUCACCGUCACCGCCGAUGCUUCCUUCUCCAAAAGGUAUCUCAAGUAUUUGACAAAAAAGUACUUGAAGAAGCACAACGUGAGAGAUUGGCUUCGAGUGAUUGCUUCCAACAAAGAGAGGAACGUAUAUGAGCUGCGGUACUUCAACAUUGCCGAGCAAGAAGGAGAGGAAGAGGACUAAAUUUACAGAUUCUUGUUGCUCUUUUGGUUUGUCCGAUCUUUUUGUUAGAACGAUUACCGUUUCUGGAUUGAUUUAUGUUGUUUGUUAUGUAGACAUGGAAUUUCAAGAUUAUGUGCUCGACUUCGAGUGAAUGUGGUGCUUAAUGUUGCUCUGCUUAUUUGGUAAAAUUAAGUGUUGUGCCAAGUAUAUCUUGUUGUUAUUGUAGCUGGUGAUAUAUCUUUGAUACAUUGCUUGUUUUUUCUUCUGUUCUUUUUAUCCUAUGGUUUAAAUAUUUUGAGU